AAAGAAAAAGGCACGGCCCGGCCCUAAGACAGCGCCAGCAGCGAGCUGAGCCACCCCCCUCCCCAUGGAGGAGCAGCCCCCUCCCCACCACCACCACCACCACCAUUACUACUACUACAGCCACCACCGCCCGCAGAGCCCCUACCUGCCGCCGCCCGACGGCCGAGCCCAGCCCAAGCCGCCGCUCCACAAGCACCCGCAGCACCAGGAGGCGCCGAAGCGGAGAACAGGCUAUGGAGAGCUAAAUGGUAACGCAGGGGAACGAGAAGUGUCGCUGAAGGGCCUGUGCUCUGAUGAAACCAACCCAGGAUCCAGGGUACCCACUGGCAGCCAGCAACUCGUAGACACUAACGUGACCCCAAAGCAGACCGUUAAGGCCGGUGCUUUGGGGAAAGCCGGAAUCAAAACCAAGAACUUCAUUCAGAAAAAUAGCAUGGACAAAAAGAAUGAGAAGUCCUACGAAAACAAGCUUAGAGAAAGUCAGUCCUCAGACAAGCCAGAGGGAGUGUCUGUCCCCAACGGCGUGGUAACCGGUAACUCUAGCUACAUCACUAAUGGCUACGUAGGCAAGGGGGCCGAUAACGAUGGUAGCGGCUCUGAGAGUGGAUAUACCACGCCUAAGAAACGGAAAGGCAGGCGCAACAGUGCCAAGGGUUGUGAGAACUUGAAUCUAGUACAGGACAAAAUAAUGCAACAGGAGGUCAGUACGCCAACCUUGAAACAGGAACUUGAGAGUUUCAAGCCUGAUUAUAGCGAACAAAAGGGGAACCGAAUUGAAAAUACCAAGCCCGUUUGGAAAUACGAGGCUGGGGCUGGUGGAGCAGGCCGAGGAAAGCCUGGGCUUGGGGAUGUACAGCGAAAAAACUCUGAUGCCAAACCUGGGAUUAGCAGCAAGAAGUUUGAUGACCGGCCCAAAGGGAAGCAUGCUUCGUCGGCUACGUCUAAAGAGGACUCAUGGACCUUAUUUAAGCCACCCCCAGUUUUUCCAGUGGACAAUAGCAGUGCUAAAAUUGUUCCCAAAAUAAGUUAUGCAAGUAAAGUUAAAGAAAACCUCAACAAAGCAGCUCAAACCCCAUCCACGUCAUCGUCGUCGUCUUCGUCAUCCGCCGGGGAAACUCAGGCCCAAACAUCAAGUCGACUGUCCCAAGUCCCCAUGUCUGCUAUGAAAUCUGUAACUUCUGCUAGCUUUUCAAACGGGCCGAUUUUAGCAGGGACUGAUGGAAAUGUAUAUUCUCCAGGGACCCAGCCACUGCUCACAACUGCUGCUAGUACUGUAACAUCAACCUCUUCUGAGUCAGUACCCCAGGACAUAAGUACAGCUGCAACAGCUCUCGAACAAAAGAAAUCUAGCCUUUUUAUCUACCCUUCAAAUAUGCAAACUGUGCUUCUGGGUACAGCGCAAGUCGACUUCCCAUCGCAGACAAAUCAGCAGAACUUGGGAGAUAUCUUCCAGAACCAGUGGGGCUUGUCGUUCAUAAACGAGCCCAGCGCCGGCCCCGAAACUGUUGUGGGGAAAUCUGCGGAUAAUCAGUUAAUGGAAGUGACAUUUCAAGGGGAAUAUCCUGCCACUUUGGUUUCACAGUGUGCUGAAAUCAUUCCCUCAGGAACUGAACAACCUGUGUUUCCCAAGGCUUACGAGCUGGAUAAACGGACUAGCCCUCCAAUUCUUGGCGCUAUUCUUAAGCCUGGGACUGCUGUCGAGGGUGGUGUCGUAGCUUUGGAGUCGCAUCACGCCGGUGACCUGCAAAAGGCAGACACCGGUAGCCAAGGUGCUUUAGUGUUUCUUUCAAAAGACUAUGAAGUAGAGAAUCCUCUGGCCUCUCCCACGAACAAUUUGUUAGCCUCCGCCAAAGAACAGGGGUACCAGAGAGGCCUAGAAAGGAAAGAUAGCUGGGGUUCUUUUGACCUGAGUGCUGCUGUUAAAUAUCACACUAAAGAAAUGGAAUCGAUCUGGAAUUUGCAGAAGCAAGAUCCCAAAAGGAUAAUCACCUACGACGAAGCCAUGGAUCACCCGGAUCAAUGAAGGUAGCAAGACAAGACUGCCUGUUAUAACCUUUCUGCAGCACUCGUGCUGUUCGUGGGGGACAAAAGGCUUUUAUGCUCCUUCUAAAUCUUCAGUGCAGCAGAGGAACCAUAACUAGAAUCACAGGAUAAUAUAUACAAAUAUAUAAUAUAGUUAUUUAAAAAUGGCGACUGAAAGUAAUUAGACUUCUUAAGGAAUCUGAAAAUUUAUUUCAACGAGACUACACACGUGAUUAUUUAAUCUCCGGUACUGAAUAGAUUUUUUUUUUCCUUUUUUCUUUUUUUUUUUGCUUUUUUGUUUUUUGUUUAAAGAGUGAAUGCAAGUGAUUAACAAACAGACUCGAUUUACAAGCCCAGUUCUAAAGUUCCUGCUGUCGUCUACACGGGCAGCAGCAACCCACUGGAGAGGCAUUUCCACUUGACGAGGUCUCUGUUUCUCGUUCUGUGACUGUAGUGACACACUAAUCACAGGGAAAUCAGGAUGAUUCACCAUCCUUCAUCUCCCCUUUCCCUUCCGCCCCCCCCCCCCCCCCUUUUUUUUCCUGUUUUGUUUUCCAUUGAAUGCUGGAGAAACACCUUGAAGUUUGCAGAGUUUCUUUUUUUUUUUUUUUUUUUUUCCAGAGAAUUAUAACACAUGUUUUUGCCAGGAGUAAAGCAGCCAGUCCUAUUUUGGGAAAAAAUGGUCUUAAAAGCAUCGUUCUUCUGGGGGAAAGAUGGUAAUACUGCAGUUCUAGGAUGCAUGGUGAAGUCACGCAGUUGGCCUGGCUCCGGUUACACGUUGGACUAUUGCAACUGAAGAGUUGUUUCGUUUUCAAAGACAACAUGGAAAACUAAAUAAUUGGUUUAGGCAUUUAAAAUGGUUUAAAAAAAUACAAAACGACAAAAAAAAAAACAACAACCACCACUGUUCCCACAGGUUAAUGCCAUUGUAUUACUGGGAGCAAAAAAAAAAAAAAAAAUCUCUUGCUUUCAACGUAGGUGCUUCAUACUUGCUCUGUCUGUCUCCUAACACUACGUGUGCAGGAUUUUUUUUCCCAUUUUCAUUGAAAAACUGAAGUGGAAUUGAGUUCUGCUAACUCGCGCCCUUCUUUAAUUAUUUUUUCUCUUAAAAAAUUGAAAAAAAAAAAAAAGGAGAAAAAAAAAAACACAAAAAUUUUAAAAAGAAAAAAAAAAGGCAAAAGAAAAAUGGGAACUUGAAUCCUUUCCGAUCUGUCCGUAGAUCACCGGUGGCUGGGCUCCCCGCACCUGCCCCUUGGAAACGCUCUUUUAUAUUUUAACGCAGUCUGUGUAUUUCCGGGCUCUGCUUCUAAUUAUCUCUUAAUAAAAAUUAUAUUUUAUUACAAAAACGGAGGGCUUAGGAAUGAAAAUAAUAAUAAUUUAAAAAGAGAAAGUGAACGCAAGGAGAGCUUUCUAGCAGUGGUAGGGAAGGCUGCUCAGCCUGCAGGCUCCAGCUGUGUAACCCGCUCUGUCCCGUUGCAGCUCGCGUGUGGCGCGUCCAAACCGCCUGGGGGGCUGCGUGGUUCUCGGGGGGGGGCUCCCGCUGGGAGGGUCGCGGGGUCCAACGCGAGAGCCAGCGGGGAAUAACCCUGACAGCAUCCCCGAGGGGGUUCUGGCCCCUCCGAGCUCAGCGCCAGCUCGCGUGCGCCUGGGCACCCGGCUCAGCAGAGGUGCUGGAUCCUCCGAUGAGGCCGGAUCCUCCGGGGCAUUACAGGAAGCAGAGAAGCCCAAACCUUUCGCCCGCCCCUCGUGCUUAGAUUUAUCCACUUUUUGUUUUGUUAACGGCGAGUAUGUAGCAUGCGUUUUUCAUUGCUUUUGCUCCUUUAAUGAGAUUGUUCCUGGAUGAAGCGCCUAGGUUCUUGGUGGGACAACGCAACUUAAUUCUGUACCUUUUGUAAGAUGGCUGGCUCUCUGCAGCGCUUAGUUCUACGGGUUUGACUAUGGAUUGCCUACUCCACGUUAUGUGUUAGGUGCUAUAUAGUAUCAUCCCCUGGCACGAUACUAUAUACUCGCCAUGUGUUGUAUCAGUCCAAGCUCAGAAAAGCCUGGUGGGCCAGUCGCUGGUAGUUCUGUUUCACCUACAGACUGUAUCACCCUUGCAGGUGCGUGUAACUUGCAGAUGUACAACAUGUUUACAGAUGUGCCCUACACCUAGUCCCCCUACCUUCCUCUUUUUACUUCUGUUGAGUCUCCCAACUGCUUGCCAAAAGUCGGCAUCGCCUCCCGCUCCGCUGCGAAAGGGCCGGGGCGUUCCUGAGCUUUAAGGUGUUGAACAAACUGGACAACGGGGCUGGUGGGAGGGGUGGGGGAGAAGAAAUCUUUAAUAUUAUUAUUGUUAUUUUCAAAAUGGAAGAAGCGUUGAAGGCUGAUGGCAAAGUUUCCAGUUUGUUUUACUGGCUUUAAGGCUCUGCUGUGUAUUUAUUUGCCUUGUGUAGUCACUUGUCGCCUUAAGGGCUGGGUUCCGUUACAAAAAAAAAGACAAAACCAAGACCCGUUUUGCUCCCCCGGGGGGGGUCUGAGCUGUCCUGGUACCCUGCCCUGGCUAGGAGCUCUGAGGGAAGCACGGCGCACACCAUGGGUGGGUUGGUUGGUCCCCGACGUCCGUCCCCACUGCUCUGUCUCGCGGCCGCGCGGCCCCGUGCCAGCCGUACCCACGCAGAGACACCUCCUCCUCCUCCUCCCCUGUGUCUCUGAACAUCCCCUCUUCAAGCCCCCGUCUGUCUGUCUGUCUGCACGAGCUCCUCGGCGCGUGCUCAGCGCUACGUGGUUAGGAAAUCCUCUUUCCGAGCUCUCGCGGUUGCAGCCCGCCGCCGAAGGCAGUGCAGGUUUGGUUAGGUGGCGCCUGGAGCCAGGCAGGACCGUGGAAGAAGCUUUCUCUGUGCUUUGUGUAACUCGCCCUGUCCGUCUGCAGUCCUCCCCAAGUCCUCACACAAUUCCUUACCGAGCACUUAUUAAAAAUAUCUUAAGAUUUAAUCCGUUUUCUGAUUAUUUUUGUGUAAGCUUAUAAAAA